AGUGAAAAACCGGGGAGGACCGUCUGAAGCUGAGCAGACAGAGCGGACGCGCUCCGGUGAAGUUCUGUCCAGAUCGGAGUUUUCUCUCUUUGCGCGCUGGAGCUUCAGCGGAACGGAGCUGGAUCGUAAAGCCUUGGUUCUGCCAGCAGAGACUCAAACGGACGGAAAUAAGAUCUAUGUCGAUUGGAGGAUUAUAGUCUGAAAGUUGCAGCUGCAGGGGGAGAACAACAACCUUUCCUUCACUCAGACCUUUGUCUUCAGCCUGCUGCUCUUUCAAUGUGGCAUACAGUUUUGCUCCAUUCGCCAGGCUGAAAUCUUCCAGGGUCAGGACCUCUGUCAUGGCAGCCCUGCUCCUCGGGCUGCUGCUGUUCGCUAUGCAGUCCCCUCCGCUCCCGUCCAGGCCCCUGGCGGACGGGGGGUCAUCUUCGCCCCCCAUCUCCUCGCUGGACCCUGACAAUGGCACCGCCAGUCACCCCAAUGGGACCCUGCAGCAGCUUCCUCAGAUCAUAAUCAUCGGCGUGAGGAAGGGGGGCACGAGGGCUCUCAUCGAGAUGCUCAGUUUGCACAGCGCCGUGGUGGCGGCUCAGAAUGAAGUUCACUUUUUCGACUGGGAGAGUCACUUUCAAAAAGGCUUGGCCUGGUACCUCAGUCAGAUGCCUUACGCCUUCCCCGAACAGCUGACGGUGGAAAAGACGCCGGCCUACUUCACUUCUGCCAAGGUCCCCAAACGCAUCUAUCAGAUGAACCCCAACAUCAAGCUGCUGCUCAUCCUCAGAGACCCCACGGAGCGGGUGCUCUCGGACUACACCCAGGUCUUCUACAACCGCCUCCAGAAACACAAGCGCUACCAGCCCAUCGAAUCGGUGCUGGUGAAGGACGGAGAGAUCAACCUGGGGUACAAGGCUCUGAAUCGCAGCCUGUACUAUGUUCACAUGCAGAACUGGCUGCAGUACUUCCCACUGGAGAGCAUCCACGUCGUGGAUGGGGACAGGCUAAUCAAGGACCCCUUACCCGAGAUGAAAAAAGUGGAAAGAUUCCUAAAGCUGGAGCCACAGAUAAACGCUUCAAAUUUUUACUUCAACAAAACAAAAGGAUUUUACUGUUUGAGGGAUCACGGGCGAGAGCGGUGUUUGCACGACUCAAAGGGCAGAGCACACCCUCAUGUAGCUCCUGCUAUCCUGCAGAAACUCUACCAGUUCUUCCACCAACCUAACAAAAAGUUCUUUGAGCUGGUGGGAAGAACAUUUAACUGGAAAUAAAUGUUUGAGUUUGUGCAUAAUGAGCUCACUAACAACAUAAAUGAAGGGACAAAAGCAAAUGUAAAUUUAAACAAAAUUUUAUUUUUUUACUAGUAUAUUUGUUAAGGAGGCAGUCUGGGUCUAUCCACCCCUCGCCUGCUUGUACUUUAACUUUGUUCCCAGAUGUUGCCAUUCGGUUUGUUCCGUUUUCCGUUUUGAACAUGUAAACAAACCAUUUCAUCCAGAUGUGCUUUAUGUGUUGUAGUUAGACGAUUUCAUUAAUAAGGGAGACAAAGCAAUUCAUUUAGCUGUAUAUUAUUAUCCAUUAACUUAGAAUUACCACCGCCUCCACUGAUUGUGGCUAUGAACUCCUGUAAAACACGACAAGCCCAAUGAAACCAAAAUAACUUUUAGUGAAAAUUCUUUAUUAUAGCAUUGAAACAAAAUGACUUAACAGUAGACUGAUUGGACUAUAAAAGUGGGUAUGAAUGGAUGUUGACUUGAUAUGAAACGCGCUGCAGUCGGCUCUGUUUUGUUCCCCUUAAACAUUAGGUAUGAAAUGGCCAACAGUGAGGUGAAUAUCAGGGCAGACUGCUGGUUUUCCUUUCCAAACAGGCACCCGGUGCUGGAAUGUGGACCAGCUUCUGCUCAGCUCGUAUCAGCAGACUCGUUUUACACGGUGCCAGUAAUGUUACAUAAAGAUAUGCACUGAGCAGCUUUUUAUUGUCAGACGUUUUUCUUUCGCAUUAUCUGAGAUAACAUUGUUCAUAUCUAAGUGUAUGAGGCUCUGAAGGAAUUUAUUGCUGCUCUAUUUUUUUAGAGACACACACUCUAAAUAUUGAACAAUAAUUUGUUCUUUUUUUUUUUUAUCAGUUUCUUGACUUUGUUUGCAAGAGCCAGUCAUGUAAACAUGGAACCCAGAUAUUGCUUAUCAAUAACUCAACUGUAAAUAUUUUUAUAAAACUGAGAAAUUAACACUAUAAUAAAGAUGUUAUUUUAUUUUUUA